CUAGACUGUAAACCGUCAUUGCGAUUCCAAACAUUCUGAGGAAUGGAUGGCAGCCAGCCUUUUUUUGCUCUUGUUGUGUUUAUAGUUUGCUAUUUUCUUCUGUCUUCUCUGAAAGGGAAAACUGCGAACAGGUCCUACAAGGGUCCUGCUAUUUAUCCCAUAGUAGGCUCAGCCUACGAGAUCGCUACAAAUCGCAAUAGGUUUCUGGAAUGGCUAACAGAAACACUCCAAAAAAUGCCAACGAAAACCUUUGUGACCAAACGACCCGGUGGAACUAUGGAUGUCUGUACUGCAGAUCCUGCAAACGUGGAGUAUAUGCUCAUAACCAACUUCGAAAACUAUCCGAAAGGAGAACGUUUCACCUUUCUUCUCCAUGAUUUCUUGGGUCGAGGCUUCUUCAAUGCCGAUGGAGAGCUGUGGAAGAUGCAGAGGAAGACCGCCAGCUAUGAGUUCAAUACCAAGUCUCUCAGAAGCUUCGUGGUGGAGACUGUGCAGUGGGAGAUUCGGAACCGGUUGGUGCCAGUGCUGUCAAGCGCAUCUAAAACAGGCAGGUCUUUAGAUUUGCAAGAUGUUUUGCAAAGGUUUGGAUUUGACAAUAUCUGCAGGGUUGCUUUUGGGGUGGAUACCGCCUGCCUACUCCCCUCAAUGCCCACUUCACCAUUUGCCGAAGCUUUUCACGAUGCCACAGAUCUUAGCGCCGGGAGGUUCAUGUAUGCUGUUCCCUUUCUCUGGAGAGUCAAGCGCAUGCUUAACAUCGGCUCUGAAAAGCGCCUACGCAGAGCACUCAAAGUAGUCGAUGAAUUUGCUUCGGAAGUGGUAAGUUCUAGAAGGAAGCAGAUCUCAGUGGAAUGCCUUGAAAGAAAUGAUCUGCUUUCAAGGUUCAUAGCAGUUCUCAUAGAUAAUUCAAAUCGGUUCGACAAGGAGGUUUAUUUCGAAGAUGAUAAAAAAUUGAGUGGUACGAUAGAUACUUUUUUGAAGGAAAUGGUGGUGAGCUUUUUUUUGGCAGGCAGGGAUAGUACUUCCGUUGCUCUAACAUGGUUUUUCUGGCUGCUGACUUGUUACCCAAGGGUGGAGGAAAGCAUUCACUCUGAAAUCUUACAGAUCUUGGCUAAGAGAUUGCAGCCCACAACAGCUGAUGAAGAAGGGAUUAGUUUCAGUUUUGAAGAAUUUAAGGAUAUGCAAUAUCUGCAUGCUGCUCUGUGCGAGUCAAUGAGACUUUACCCUCCUGUGCCUGUGGAUACUAAAUAUGUCUCCAGAGAUGAUGUUUUACCAGAUGGGACUUGUGUGAAGAAAGGAUGGAAUUUGAGUUACAGUAGUUAUGCGAUGGGCAGGAUGGAAAAUAUUUGGGGUAGUGAUUGUUUGCAGUUCAAGCCUGAGAGAUGGUUAGAAAACGGGGAAUUUGUGGGAGAAAACCCGUGUAAGUUUCCAGUAUUUCAUGCUGGGCCUCGAGUAUGUCUGGGUAAAGAGAUGGCAUUCAUACAGAUGAAAUCAGUGGUGGCUUCUAUCAUGCAUGGAUUCAGAAUUAAGGUAGCAGAUGGGAUUAGGUGUCCCGACUAUGUGCUUUCUCUGACAAUGCGCAUGAGAGGAGGGCUACCUGUUACAGUAGCAUGUCGCUGACGUACCUAGUCCAGUCUGUUAUUAAGAAAUGUUUAGUGAAGGUACCAACUAGUAGGUUGGAUGUACUGGUUAAUUUUUUUGAAGGACUGUGUACUCUAGACUUCUUAAGUUAUGAUUAUGAGUAAUUAAUUGUAGAAAAUUAUAGGGCAUAAAAUGAUAUUUUCGAUAAGUCUUAUCUUUA